AUGUCUGUGCAGUCCAACCAUUCAGCCUUAUUGCAAGAAACCCACAGUGAUGAAGCAGUUCCUGGGUCAAGACUGUCAUCUGCACAUACAAUGUCAACAUCUAAAAGUCUCUUUUCCAAAACUGGAAUGGAAUCCCAGCUUGUGCUGCCAGAAAAGGAUGAAGAAAAAACAAAGAAAAACCCAUUUGCAGUUCCUCCAGAUUUUGAUAUAUUCUCAAUAAGGGAUAAGGAAAGACAAAAGGCUCGGGAGGAACGUGAAAGGAUGAAGACCAUGAAAAUCCAUGAGAAAACCACUUACUCCACUAAAGUAAAAGCAAAGCAAAAGGAGUUAAGGCAAGCUCUGCAAGAGGAGGAAAAGGAGGAGGCCAGAAAACAGGCAACAAAUGAAGAGAGUCUGAAAGCUCUUCAGGAGAGUCUUCUACGGCAGAUAGCCUCUAAAAAAGAUUACCCAGUAGAAAAGGAGACCUUCCGUGACUACAUAAAUGUCUGGAAAGAGAUCUUGUUACUUGAGAAUGACAUAACAGUAAAGCGAGAGGAGAUUCAAAGGCUGGAGAAGAUAGCAAAGAAUGAGGAAAGGAAAGUGAAAAAGGCUGAACAGUACCUGAGUAAGAAAACUGCCAUUUUUGAAGAGUUCCUGAAGGAAAAACAGAAACAGUCUCUUCAAGCCCUGAAAAUUGCUGCAAAAGAAGCUGAAAAGAAGACAAAGAAAAUAUCGGAGAUCCAGGGGGUCACUUCCCAAAUCGAGAACCUCCAAAAUGAAAUAUCCCAACUCACAAUCGAUCUGCAGGAGUACAAGGUGUACAGGAACUUCCUCCGUCACCUCUCUCUCAAAGAGAGGCAGGGGGAACGUAGCAAAAGGUACACAAGCCCGAGGGAUGUGAAAACACCACCCAACACUAGAGAAGGAGAUGCCUCAGCUCCCAUCACUGCAGAGCAGGGCCAGGGUGGGACAGCUGGGACAGACACUGCCAGUCCCUGCAGUACCAAUAAUAUGGAUGUGCCAAGUUCCCUGCUGUCAUCAAAGAGUUUGACUGUCAAGUCCUUGCGGGAGAUCAAGCCUCAGCUCAUAAACUUCCUGAAGCCUCUAUCAGCAAGGAAAAUGAGUUCACUGGAGGCUGCAGAAACCAACACCAGCUCGGGCGAAGAUGAGGACCCCGAGCUGUACUUUACUGAUCCCCAACAACUGCUAUCUCUUUUCAUGGAGCUGGAGGAUGAGAACUUGUCCUUCAUCCAGAAAUCCCAGGAGGCAGAGGAAAGUCUGCACAAGGUUCAACAGACUUUCAUCACCACUUAUGAAAGCAAGGAGAAGGAGUUAGCAGAGCUGAAAGAGGAGGUGGCCACCCUCAAGUCCUCCAUCGCCAAGGAAGAAGAGAGAGCAGCAGAUCUGAAGCUCAAAGCUCACCUCUUUUCCUCUGGAGAAUGCAAAGCUGAUGACCAGGACAAUAUUCUUGCAAGCCUGAGGAAGAAGGUGCAGGAAGUCUAUUGCCAGUGCACGGGGGAAAGUGGGGAAAACCUGCAGACAGUGCAGAUGCUAAUGGUGUUAGAGAAAAAGCUCAACGACAUCCUGGAGAGAAUCCCACCAGAAAAGAUAGAACAUGCAAAGGAACGAAGGAUAAAGCUCAGGGAGGGAAAGCUGAGGCAACAGGAGCAGCAGACGGAGAAAAGACUGAAAAAGGUCCUGGAAAGGUCGAAAGUAACUGUGGAAACGAAGCAGAAAAACCUCACACUCAGGCACAGUGAAACCUGUCCAGAAGAGAGCACAGGGCCCCGGCCCCUUGAGCAGGAGCGUGGCAGCGUUAGACCAGCAAGACUGAUGUUUCGCUCCGUCCUACCUCCCAAGAAGCCGAAAAGAAAGCCCAGACAAGAAGAAAUAGAUAAGGAAGAACAACUCUGUCACUUCACUUGA